CACCGGCCAGUCAGUGACUGCGCCGGCGAAUAGAUUUCUUUAUGUACUAGUAGCACCAGGGUCCUCUUUUCCUGUCUUUUCUUUUCUUUUUGCUUCUGGGUUUUGGUAAAGACUAAUUACAGGACUAGAAUUGCGUGUUAGUUGCUCAAGAGAUGACUUGAAACAUGUACAUGCAUGUUGGUUUGUGUGCGGAUACGACAGACUAUCAGCAAGAUGGCAAUUGGCAUUCUGCACCAAGUAUCACCAGAGUUUAUCCAACAUCAGCCCGACGGCGCACCUCGUCGCAACGGUGCUGCAGUCGCACGACACCUAGAGACCCUUGUCAUAGGCGAGGUACGAAUCACACUCUGGCUGACUCUGCUAUUACCAACACAAAAGAGAGUUUGAUAUGUCGACGUGUACGCGCAGAGAAGCAUCCAACCAGGGACCCAGACUCCUCCGAUUCACAAUGCAUCAGUCUAGGCCAGGUUUAGGGGUUGAGGUUGUUGGGUGGCUGGUGGCUGGGAAUACAAAUUCGAUGGAUCAAUGGAGUAGUUUUUGGCGGCUCAGCGGGACCUCGUUAGCUUCAUCUUCUCGAUCGAGACUAUUGCUUGAGGCGCGGUAGGUGAAAUUCUCCUUCCAUGGCCUCUCUUGACCGCUAGAAGUGAAUUGAGUCAAGUCGUCAACUAUCCCCCUGGCUUGAAUACCUGGAGAAAAAAAAAAUCUGAUCUUGAUUACAAGGCUUCAUCAGCUACAAAUGGAAGCAUCGUCAGACCAAUAGCCAGCGCCCAGUUUCCCCAGAGCGGGUUACUCCCUCCACUAGUAAACCCCGCAGUCAAAAGUUUGACUUUGAUUGGGCUCGAAUUGGUUUCUGCUAGCGGGUGGUGAAAAUGGGAGGCUUGAACCUUCGGUUUGCUGAGGCAUAAACGACUGAGUAAGAAUAUCAGCCAUAUUAGUCUAUCAAAUCCACCUGGGACUCCUCGAG